AUGACGGUUGAAGUGGUGUACGAUCAACAUCUUAGUACACCCCCAAAACCCAGCACCAACACGGAGCUUCAACACCCUCAUCCCCGCGAUGAGACCCCUGUUGAGAGGAAGGAGGCAGAGAGAGUGAAGGAGAAAAGAAAGAGCAAGAAGUGGUGGUGGAGGCUGCGCUCUUUCUUCAGAGCUGCCAAAAAACACCCAGAGAGCAGCUCAGGUCAGAGAGAGCAGGAGCAGCAGCAGGAUGAGGGACAGAAGAGGAAGGUGGCAUGGGCAGGAAGAACUAGUGAUGACUACAUCUUCAGUCGCUACACCAUUGGUGAUCAGCUGGGGAAAGGUGGUUUUGGUGUGGUGUACGAAGGCAGACGUUUGAAUGAUGGUCUUAAAGUGGCUUUGAAGUAUGUAAUGAAGACCCAGCACACGGAAUGUAUAUUCAUUCCUGAUCAUCCAAAACCUCUUCCAAAAGAGAUCGCCCUCACCAUCCUGGCAAACAAAGGUCCCAGAGUGCCAGAAAUUAUCAGGCUGCUGGACUGGACGGACCACCCUGACCACUUCGUCAUGGUCCUCGAAUGUCCCUCUCCCUGUGAGAAUCUCGUGGAGUUCAUCAGGCGUCACGGUGGAAGCCUCGACGAGGAGAAAACACGGCAGAUCAUGUGGCAGGCGGCUCAUGCAGCAAACAUGUGCCUCCUCCGUGGAGUGUUCCACCGUGACGUCAAACUAGAGAACAUACUAGUAAACAGGGAGACAUCCGAAGUCAGGCUGAUUGACUUCGGAUGCGGGGACAUUUUGAGGAGGACACCAUACAGGUCAUACUCUGGCACAGCAGUGUACUCCCCUCCAGAGUACCACAGCAGGGGGAAGUACUACGGCGGGCCGGCGACGGUCUGGUCACUAGGGACUGUGAUGUUCGCAUUGUUGUGUGGACACUUCCCUAGUGACUAUGACCUGUUCCUGCUACAGUGCAAGCGCUGGUCCAAACCCGGCCUGUCAAAAGAAUGCUGUGACCUCCUCAGGGUUCUCCUGCACGAGAAGCCAAGCCAGAGACUUGGUCUGGGCCGAAUCAUGUCCCACAACUGGUUUAAGGUAGUGAACCUGAGAUCAGCUAUAAAGAAUUAAUAUCUUUAGGAGUCAUAAGAAAGAAUCAAAAAGUCGAACCUGUUCUUUUUUCUGUUCUGUUCUGUUUUGUUUCAGGUCGUCUUAUAAGACCACUCCAGUUGGCGUCUCUUAUGCAGCUUUGUGUCUUGCGGGCUGCAUCAGAAGACGCUUCCAUCCCUCCUCUCGCCUUUGCGUCUUGCGGGGUGAGCAAGCCUUGUAUAGCAUCUUGCACCUUGGCUUGAGGAAGCAAUAUUUGCGUCUGGUGGUA